GUACCUUAACAUAGGCUCUUUCGGUUAUACAAAGCUCUGGCUCCGUGUCGAAGAAGGAGAAGGAACUCAAUGGCGCCAAAGGCAACCAAAAACAGAACUCCGUCUAUCGACCCCAACGGAAUCUUCAACGGAAUGUCCGUUUUCCUAGUCGAAAACAGAGUUCAGAGUCGUCGAUUGCAGAUAUGGAAACAGAAGCUGGUGCAAAUGGGAGCUACUAUUGAGGAGCGUCUAUCAAAGAAAGUUACUCAUGUUUUUGCUAUGGAUUUAGAAGCUCUUCUUCAACAAAUUGAUAGAGAAAGCUUAGCUCGCUUUAAAGGAAGAGUUAUACAUUAUCAAUGGCUUGAGGACAGCUUGAGAUUAGGGAAAAAAGUCCAUGAGGAUCUAUACAUUUUAAAAUUGGAUUCGGAAGCAGAUAAUAUGGCAGACAAGUCUUCGGAUCAUAAACAAGAGAGUGGAAAUGCUACUGGUGAUAAUGAACCAUCACUUCUCAAAAAAAUAAAAUUUUCUAGUGACGAUGUGGAGAUCUUCAAAGCAGAAAGCUGGGGAGAUGUGGAAAUUAAUGCUCCCCACGAGACACCAAAUAGUUCCACAAGUUCUGAUAGUUUGUCUCACAAUCCAAGUGCAGCAAAUAGCAGUCCUGAUUCCACCAAAAGCCAUAAUCAGGAUCCAUCCUUGCUGUACAGUCCUCCUGAUUUAAACAAAAAUAUUACUGAGAUAUUUGGAAAACUUAUCAACAUAUAUAGAGCAUUGGGUGAUAAUAGAAGGUCAUUUAGCUAUCAUAAGGCUGUCGCAGUUAUUGAGAAGUUGCCAUUUAAAAUAGAGAGUACAGAUCAGGUCAAAGGUCUGCCAGGAAUUGGGAAGUCAAUGCAGGAUCAUAUUCAGGAGAUUGUUACUACUGGGAAACUAUCAAAGUUGGAGCACUUUGAGACAGAUGAAAAGGUGAGGACGAUCAGUUUGUUUGGGGAAGUUUGGGGUAUUGGUCCAGCCACUGCACUGAAAUUAUAUGAUAAAGGACACCGUUCACUAGAUGAUUUGAAGAAUGAGGAUUCAUUAACACAUUCACAAAAACUAGGGCUGAAAUAUUUUGAUGAUAUCAAGACAAGGAUUCCACGCCAUGAGGUUCAAGAGAUGGAACUUCUUCUGCAAAAAGUGGGGGAAGAUAUUUUGCCUGGGGUUGUAAUUUUAUGUGGGGGAUCAUAUAGACGUGGAAAGGCUUCCUGUGGAGAUCUUGAUAUUGUAAUUACACAUCCUGAUAGAAAAAGUCAUAAGGGAUUUUUGUCAAGAUAUGUGAAGCAGUUAAAAGAUAUGAAGUUCUUGAGAGAGGAUUUGGUCUUCACUACUCACAGUGAGGAGGGUGCAGAUUCAGGUGUUGACACUUACUUUGGUCUUUGCACAUAUCCCAGACGAGAGCUACGACACCGCAUAGAUUUCAAGGUAUAUCCAAGGGACAUAUAUGCAUUUGGACUAAUAGCAUGGACUGGAAAUGAUGUACUGAAUAGGAGGUUGAGAUUGCUUGCCGAAUCCAAAGGAUACCGACUUGAUGAUACUGGUCUUUUUCCAGCUACUCGUGGCUCAGGUGGUAAACAUGGUGCAAGGGCUAGUGCAAGUUUGAAAUUGGAGACUGAGAAAGAGGUGUUUGAUUUCCUGGGGUUUCCUUGGCUUGAACCAAACGAAAGAAAUUUAUGAGGUGUGUAUAGUUUAUAAGAUCAUGUUGUACAUCGUACAUAUAUACACAUCAAGAGAGGGCUGUACAUAGGACUCUGUCUAUAGACUCCAUUUUGCUCUUACAGCCAUGGAACUAGCAGAGUUGGUGAUUUUUUGAUGCAAUUUUCCCAAUGUUUCUGACUUUGCCUUUUUAGUCUUAGACGUUAUUCUACCCUGUUCUUGAAUGCUUUGUAUGAAUUUUUAAACUGGUUUGAAUUAUGUCUGAAUUUCAAGUGAAUAAUACUAAAUUUCUGUGGUAAA